UGGAAGUAAACUGUGAAAUAAUUAAUAACAUACUCAAAAAAUCUAGAAUUUUAUUCAAAAAAUUAACAAAUAAAUUUACGAAAAUUAACCAUCAAAAUUUUAAUAGCUUAAUUUUGACGGUCUAACAAAACAGUUGACUUCUCAUCAUGACCGACUCCAAGCAGAAAUCACUGAGAAUUAGGGUAAUCACUUUACUUUUAAUCAUGACAAUGACCUUAUAUCUUGCUGUUGAGUUGAAUCUGUUUUUCUCUGAUCAGUAUGUGUUUUACAGCGCUGUCACUGAACAAGGUCUUCCCUACUAUACAAAGAAGGAAAGACAACGAUAUAAAAAUAUAUCCGAUGUGGAUAAGCAUAAACUGAAGUUGGCUCAGAAAAAGGCUUCAACUCUUGAAGCAGCUUCAAAUGCAGUUCGUAUAACACUCGGAUUGAUUACCACUUUAAUAGUGGGUUAUUUGUCUGAUCGAUAUGGUCGUCGAGUAGCACUUGGAAUUUUAAUAUUCGGUGAACUCUUACAUAUCGGUUUAACUAGUAUCAUUGUGCUGUUCAAGUUGAAUUUGUGGCUGAUUUUACUUCCCGGAUUUUUGGAAGCGGUUUUUGGUGGUGGCCUUUUAUCACUUUUUGCUCAGGUUGCCACUAUUCAAGUAGAUGUUUGCCAUAUUAUGCUGAAAGAUUCGGGAAAAGCAGAAAGCGCUGAAAGGAGACAGUCCUCUGACAAACAAAUGUGGAUUCUAUUUACAAUAUUCGAUGGCGUGGCCUCACUGUGUGUAUCAGCAGGAUCACCGAUUGGAGGUGCCCUAAUUUAUCACUAUGGGUUUCCAGCAGCAGUGUACACCUCAUUAGGUUUACUUGCUCCAAGUUUAAUUUUAAUAUUCUUUCUACCCGAAACACAUAGAAACAGAAGGAAACCAAUUGAAGUACAGAACCAAACUCCUGUUACUGAAGUAAACAAUGAUGACAUAGAUGAAGACGUCCGUAGUAUAGAGAUGGAAUUCGAAAAAACUUGGAGGAGUAAGAUUACUGAUGGAUUUCAACGUCUAAAAACUUUAGAUCCUGUCCUUAUUCUGAUUGUAUUAAUAAUCCUAUUUGGUUCAGUGUCAGCUUUGGCGGAUCUGCAGUAUGUUGCCAUUUAUUUAAUGGGUCCUCCAUUCUUGUGGAGUCCAGAAACAGUCGGACUAUAUUCUGGUGUAACUGAUGUGACAGCAGCAUUAAUCUCAGUUAUCUGUACUGUUGUGAUAAUUAAAUUCGAUGAAAAAAGAAAGUCUGCAGCUCGCACAAAACAAAAUCUCAGUCAAGAAAAGCUGCACAUGCGUCAAAUGAAUUUACUUAUUACAGUUUUCGCUAUAUCAAUAAUAAUGUUGGUAGUGAAUCGUUCAUUAACUGGAAUUGCCUAUCGAUUUCAAUUACCAACUGCGAAUAUUUUGAUUUAUAUAGCCGCUAUUCCAAGACUGAUGAGGAGCUUUCUUGUUCCAAUACUCCGAACAAUGCUUUCCAUUAGCAUCCGUCAAGAUAUACAAGGUAUUAUGCAAUCGGUUGCUGCAUUUGUUUCUCGAAUCGGUCUUCUUAUAAGUUUGACGGCUCUUCCUGCUGUGUAUGCUGCAACUGUAUUAACAUUCCCAGGAACAGUAUUCAUCAUUGUUGUAAUCAUACUAGUAACAACACUCAUACUUGACUUGUUAAUACCGUUGGUGAUGAGAAAACAAAGUGCCAAACGGAAAAAUGCUGAAUUAAACAGUCUUCAUAGUGUCAGAAAUGCAGAAGCGGGAGAACAAGUUGAGAAAUCAGAUAAUAUUACCAACUAUUUUGGAGACACGUUUUAGUGAAUACGUCAAUUGUCGAUUAAGUGCACCAACCUUUUUCAUAUAAUUCAAAAAAAAAUACCAGAAAAUUACGCCAAGUAUUAUUUCGAAGAAAAUUUCACAAUGUUAAAUCAUACAAAGAUAUAAUAUGAUGGUAACAAGAUUUUUUUGAUUUUUUCUUUUUAGAAGUGAUGAAAUGCUUGAUGUCAUAAAUAUGAUUUGUUGUGCUGAUAUUUUUAAGAAUCUGUCAAAUAGUUAGUAUUUUCGUUACUAUUUUGUGUAAUCGUUAUAUUGAUUCUGUCACAUGACAGUGUGCAGCCACGAUUUUAGCAGAACAAUAAUUGCAGGUUCUCUCACUAAUAAAACUUUCGAUGUUGCAAUUUAUCAAUAUGUUAUUGGGAGCUUCUCGGAAAAGGGUUUAUGAGAAAAAUCAUAAUUC